GAGGGUGGGAGUCCCUAAUAAGCUGCUAUAUUCUUUUUCCAUCACUUCCCUCUCCAAGGCUACAGCGAGCUCCGAGCUCUUCCCCACGCAGAAUGCCUGCUUUCCCUAGAGCUUGGCUUCCAUUGUCUAAUUUUCUCAUCCCGGCUGGGGAAAGGGAAGGCUGCAAGUCCUUCCGUUCGGAAGAACUCCAGUUGAAUGCAGCUUAGCUGCUGUUGGUGUUUCUUGGCUAGCUGCUGUGGUCUCAAGGAUCUGCCUGUGAGCCUGUGGUUUCUCUGAGCUUCCUGAGAGUCUGAGGUCUCCGGAAUCUGUGCGUCUUUGGGAUUCGCCAACAAUCUCUGGGUUUUGCCUGCACGUCUACCUGCGCGUCUGAGAUAUCCAGGAUCUGCCCGUGAUUCCCAGAAUCUUUCCGACCGUCUGAAGUCUCAGAGAACUGUGCCUGCGGAUUUGGAAUCUGAGGCCUCUCGGAUCUUGGAGCCGGCGACCUAGCGGAUCUUUUGAGGGCCAGGAGCGCUGUCUGCUAGCUGCUUUUCCUGCUCUCUCUCUCUCCUGGGAGGCGAAUCCUUGAGCCCGAGAUGGCAGCCACCCUGCUCAUGGCUGGGUCCCAGGCACCUGUGACAUUUGAAGAUAUGGCCAUGUACCUCACUCGGGAAGAAUGGAGACCUCUGGACCCUACCCAAAGAGACCUUUACAGGGAUGUUAUGCAGGAGAAUUAUGGAAAUGUUGUCUCAUUAGAUUUUGAGAUCAGGAGCGAAAAUGAGGUGAAUCCAAAGCAAGAGAUUAGUGAAGAUGUAGAGUUUGGAACUGUGUCUGAGAGACCUGUCAGUAAUACCGAGGAGAAUCCUGAAAGUGAAGAGGCCUUUGAAAACAGGGACAGAUCAGAAAGACAGUGGGGAGAUUUAACAGCAGAAGAGUGGGUGAACUAUCCCCUCCAACAAGUCACUGAUCUGCUCGUCCACAAGGAAGUCCACACAAGCAUCCGAUAUCAUAUAUGUUCUCAUUGUGGAAAGGCCUUUAGUCAGAUCUCUGACCUGAAUCGACAUCAGAAAACCCACACUGGUGACAGACCCUAUAAGUGUUACGAAUGUGGAAAGGGCUUCAGCCGGAGUUCCCACCUUAUUCAGCAUCAAAGAACACACACUGGCGAGAGGCCCUAUGACUGUAAUGAGUGUGGGAAAAGUUUUGGAAGAAGCUCUCACCUCAUUCAGCAUCAGACAAUCCACACUGGAGAAAAGCCCCACAAGUGUAACGAGUGUGGGAAAAGUUUCUGCCGGCUUUCUCACCUAAUCCAGCACCAGAGGACCCACAGUGGGGAAAAACCCUAUGAGUGUGAAGAGUGUGGGAAAAGCUUCAGCCGGAGCUCUCACUUAGCCCAGCACCAGAGGACCCACACGGGUGAGAAGCCUUAUGAAUGUAACGAAUGUGGGCGAGGCUUCAGUGAGAGAUCUGAUCUCAUCAAACACUAUCGUGUCCACACGGGGGAGAGGCCCUACAAGUGCGACGAGUGUGGGAAGAAUUUCAGUCAGAACUCUGACCUUGUGCGCCAUCGCCGAGCCCACACGGGGGAAAAGCCGUAUCACUGCAAUGAAUGUGGGGAGAACUUCAGCCGCAUCUCACACUUGGUUCAGCACCAGCGAACCCACACUGGGGAAAAGCCAUAUGAAUGUAAUGCCUGUGGGAAAAGCUUCAGCCGGAGCUCACAUCUCAUCACACACCAGAAGAUUCACACUGGAGAAAAGCCCUAUGAGUGCAACGAGUGUUGGCGGAGCUUUGGUGAAAGGUCGGAUCUCAUUAAACACCAGAGAACCCACACAGGAGAGAAACCCUAUGAGUGUGUGCAGUGUGGAAAAGGUUUCACCCAGAGCUCCAACCUCAUCACACAUCAAAGAGUUCACACGGGAGAGAAGCCUUAUGAAUGUACCGAAUGUGAGAAGAGCUUCAGCCGGAGCUCAGCUCUUAUUAAACACAAGAGAGUUCACACCGACUAAGUCCUGUAAUUAUGACUGAGAAAUGAUUCAUUUGAAGGUACAAUUUUCUUUGAGAACAAAGAGCUCUCUCAAGACUGAGCUGCUUUUACCAUACUGAAUUUCCUUGUCGUGGGCCACAGUUUAAAACAUCAGAGAAGCUAGGCCCGCUUGAAAUUCUGACCCAUGGCUUUGGGAAUGUUAUUCCUUCCUCCAAAAUAGUGAUUUUUAUCCACUCAAUGAAUUAUUUCAUCAAAAUCAGCCCCACAAGUAACUGGAAAUCUGAAGACCAGGUGAUAAAUGCUGGUAAAUACUCAGGCCUGGAAAUGGAGUAAAUCUUUAAAAGUAAUUUCUCCCAUCCUUGGCCCAAAGACCUAUGCUAGGGGGAAUGUUGGACGGGUGGUCACAGCUGCUUUGGAGAAAGACAGCCAGAGACCUUGCCUGAAUUGCCACACCUGUUCACCCACCAUAGUAGCUGGGCACACACAUCUUUCCCUUCAAAGGGCUUUCUCCUUGAGUUGCUCAUGCAUUCAUAUCUUUCUGUCUUCCCAAGAGCAGGAUUCUGCACGACGAAGGCAAUGAUCAUAACUUUCCUCCUCACUGCUUCUAAUUAACUUUUUUAAAGCUUUCAUCUUUAUGAAAGCGAAUUGAAGCUACAGAUUGAAAGGAAAAGUGAGACACAAGUUUGGGGACCAAGGACUCAUCAAUAGUAGUGACUUUAGGAAAAGAUACCCACUGUUGUUAUUGCUGUUAAUCAGGAUCUAUUAACCUUCUUUGGGGAUCAUCAUAGGGAAUAUUGAGGGAAUAGAUCUUCAAGGGGAGGUAGGACCAUACGUGAUGGUGGAGUGUAAGGAGCAAGUGGAAUUGACCACUUCUGGGAAGGAAGCACAGGGUCCCUUCCCAAGGAAUGCAGGUCAUUUCUGCUCAACCCUUUAAGAUCAAUUCUCCCUAUACUACUAACUAGAAUUUGAUAAGGGCCACAUCCCAGUGUUUAUCUUAGCUUGCAUAAGGGCAUGUGUAUGUACACUAAAACAUGUAUUUCUGUUGUUUUUCCAAUAGCAGAAACUGAAAUCACACUGAAUUAGCAUGUUCUAGGGUGAUAUUUAGAUCAUGUGACAGAACUACAGACCUAAGUCCAAUGUGAGAAAUGUCUUUUUUUUUUCUUUAUGAAAAAAAAAAGUUUAAACACUAAUGCUCCAGUAUGCACUCUCCUGUAAGAUCUGUCUUUGUACAGAACCAAGCACUUGUUUAUAUGUAUCAGUCAGUUGUGGGAGAUAAUUAACUGAACACAUAGGUUGACUGUCCUGUACUCAGACUGCAUUGUCUUCUCUUUGGCCUAGUCACAAGGAAUUCAUAAACCUAGAUAGGAAUGUAUUUCCAUCCUCCCAGUCUGCAGAUGUAAGUGGUUACUGUAGGAGUUGACCCAAUUUAAGCCCAGAAGUGUCAGUUCUCCUUAUCUCAGCCCAAGCAGCAAUUAAGAAAUAUCCGAAAUGUUGAUGUUUAUCCAAGCAUUUGGGGGUGGGCGUGGGAGGGAAGUGAUGCCCAGGAGAUGAAACUGGAGUAAGGAAUAUGUAUGUUUUGGGGCCCGCCCCCAAGUUAUUUCUACUCUCUUUGUUGUGAGUGUUGUAACACUUGAAAAACUUUUGCCAGAGCUCUUUGGGACUGGGUGUUAAAGGAACCGGUGGUCCCUCUUGGGUAGUGUUCUGUAGUGCGUUGCCAUGACCCACAGCCAUGCAGGUCUGCACCCCUUGCAAAUGACACAACCUCAAAAGUAACAAUGAAAAAAACACUCCACCAAAUAGAUGUCUUUUUGUUGUCACUCCCAUUCAAAUACAAACUUGGGCAGGGAGCAUGUUUUUUGUUCUAUGCAAAAACUAGCCGACUGUGGGUAUUUCACAUUUUAAUUGUGAGAUGACGUACAUGUUCCUGAGGACUGAACUCAAAUAUGUCUUUUUCCUGUAUCAGUGUUGCUGACGGUUUUAAUGACUAUCAACGUUCUCCUGUUGUUUCUGUGCGCCACUACGGGCAGCAGCUUCGGAGUGGCCAUAGAGGACAGCAAUCUCCGUGACCUAACUGUAUUUCACCCCCCUCUCCUUCCCUGCUCUCCUGCCCCACCCCCAACUUGUUCCUGCUGCUGCUUUUUGGCUUCCAAGUGCCCCAGCCACCUCUCCAGACAUGUACACUCCAGUUGGGAAAUGAAAAGGGCAAGGGACAGACCAGCUCUGUCUCGUCUCUUCCUGCCAAUUGCUGCCCAUUUGCUGUGCUGAACUUUGUGUAAAGUUAUGCAUCCGACUCGCUCUGCUAAAGCUUUUUGCAUGCCUUCUCCCACAUCUCUGGCUGCUUCUGCACACACCCUCAACACAUUGUGCCUGUUUUCUAUGGUUGUGGAGAGUGAGUGAACAAGUGAGUAUGUAGAGCAGUUUUCCUUAUGGUAUUGGUCACAUAUGAUAUUGGUAUCCUAGUGUCUGUCUACAUCUGUAUUAUUCUAACAAUAUUCUAUAAUUAAAAGUAUAAUUUUUAAAAUCAAAAA